AUGCAUUUCAUUAGAAACAAUCAAAUUAUUGUAUCAUUUCUAAUUAUAUUUUUAUCAGUCAUUCAAUUUGGAAAAAGUAUUCUAUCUAAUUAUAAAAUCGAAAAUAUUAAAGAUUUACAAAAACGUUCUCUUACAGCUCAACUUUUUGGAGAUUUAGCUAAAUAUCAUGAAUACAAUAAACACGGAGGUGUAACAAAAUAUUAUAAAAGCCCUUCUGAUCCUAACUCAUUUGGAAGAAAAUAA